UGGCGCCGGAAUCGAGACUCUGGAUGCAACCUGCGAUGUUUCGAUUAUUUCAACGCGGGAAAUUUUCACCGUAGCGGCGAUCUUGGAAUUUUCGAAAACCGUAAGCGGAACGAUUAUCGUGGCUUUUGGAGCGGCAAAAAUUGGCUUGAAACGGAGGUCUGAGCAGCGAUUUACUCGGGACAAUGGGUCCCAAUUUAUUCACACUUUUGUGCCUGAUCGCAGCGAUCGUUGCAUCUGUCCGUUGCAAAACAAAGGCUCAGGACGAUGAUCAGCGAGCCAGACUGCCCGAGUUUCUGACGGAACUAGACCUGGCCAGUGUCGAGGCGUCCCAGGAGGAUGUCGAGUCCCUGAAGACGGUCGUCAAGCGGCUCGCCCCCGCGAAGAAUGGCGAGUACCUAAUGUACCAAGUUUUCUUUGGCAACGAGGACUUGCUCAAGGAGUGGCUAAAGGGCGCGGGUGUCAUGGGACAACCCGGAGUCGACUUUCCCGUCCUGACCACCAUUCCAGCCACGAAGUUCAGCUGCCGAGGCCUCAAGGGUGGCUACUACGCGGAUCCAGAAACGAACUGUCAGGUCUUUCACAUUUGCGAUAACGGAAGGAAGAUCUCGUUCCUCUGUCCAAACGGCACGAUAUUCCAACAGUCGCAGCUGAUAUGUGAUUGGUGGUUCAAAGUGGACUGCAGCAAGUCGCCUGAGCUGUAUGAGCAGAGCGCCGAGCAGCUAGCUGAAGAAGAUCGAAAACGUGCAGAAGCGAAGAAGAUGAACUCGGAGUUCCACAGAGCCAGUGGCAAAAAUACCGGGCAGGUUUACUACCAGACGCAGAAUCAGAACAUCGAUUACGACGGAAGGCAGAACGGGCGGACCAAUCCGUUUGGUCAGAAUCAGGAUGCUGCAAGUGAGAGCGGAGAGAAGAACUCGGAACAGAUUGGAAGAAAUGGAAACCAAUUUGGUCAACAGCAGCAGUCUAGAGGCAGUCAGUCCACCCAAAACUACAACUUUAAUCAGCAGGCUGACAGGAAUACCGAUAUCCAGCAAAACGUUAGACAAAAUUUCAACACUCGAACCGGUCAGGGAAAGCAAGGAGUCAAUUUCCAGGACCACUUUAGUGCCACACCAAACUCGAACGCUCUCCAAGACGAGAAGGUCAAUUACAGGACUCCAAAGGCCUUCGGCGAGUCAAGGAACAACUUUAACGAACUAACGACGACCGCCAGUCCGUUCAGAGAGUACCAACAGCCCGCGGAAAGCGCGGCCUUCGCUACGAGUCGAAACAACAGAUACAACAAGGCCUUCCAGUACAAUCAGUUCAACAGUUUUUACUCACCAAACCAGGUCAGCAGUACCGAGGGAUACAAGGACGCCUUUGGGCAGAAUGGGACGCCUCAGAAAGCGCCGUUCCCGACCUUCGCGCCGAUCUUCGUACCCCGGACGACCUCAACCACGCCAACCUCGUAUCUCGGAACUACGACUCAAAGAGCUUACGUGAACACCGAUGUCUAUCGGUAUAACACUGCGACUCAGACGCCGUAUUCGAAUCCUCAAACCACGACUUCCGGCCGGCAGGAAAGCUCGGAAGCUACGGUGGAGACUUACACCCAGGGCUAUACUCAGGCUACCAACUUUCCCUCCACCCAGAGACCGUAUGUCAAUACCGACACGUACAGACUCGGUGGCAGCGGUGGAACAGCAACUGAGGCCUCUACGACGUGGUCCACCUUUGACCAAACAACCUCCGGGAAAUCCGAGGCCUUUACUACAGAAGGAACGACUCUGACUACCGAGGGAUUCACCUCUGACCAAUCCCCAGUCACCGGAAAGAGUUUGAGCCCCUAUGACACGAGCUUCACGUACAAGUACGGCAAGAUUGGUUCCACCAUCGGACCUUACGUUCCGUUUACUAAGAACUACGCAUAUUCCACUACCACCACCACCACCACAUCCACCAGCAAGCCUCCCGUGUAUACGGCUACAGUACCAACCAUUCCUGAUCAGAAGAGGACUGGAGCAGGUCACGAGAUCGUUGAAACGGAACGUGAGCAUGCCAUUGACAUGUUGCAUUCUCUUCAGGAACUGGAAGCGACUUCGCCAACCACUGGAAUGCACAAUGGAACAAGAGAUGGACUUAGUAUUCCACCUUCUUCUGGUCCGGCUACCUUGCAUACUUUGGCUCUCUAUUUCGCUACUGCUGGCGAGAAUUUUGACUCGAAUGAGACUUCGACCGAUACUGCGGUCAGAAUAGGCGACGGGGAGGGUGAGGCAGUCGUCACUACGGAGAAAUCCGUAUCGGCGGAACUUCCGACGAACCUGCUCACUCAGAAUACCGUCAAGUCGUACUCUAACCUCUUUAAUAUCAACUCUGCCAUCCAGGCGGUAGAGGAUGUCACGACUAACACAAGGCUGGCUGAAGAAGACGACCCUGACAAUGACCUCGACCUCCAGCAGAGCCAGGGACCGGUCAGCGGGACCAAUCAGCGAAAAAAUAACCCAAAACUACGCGAGCUCGCUCAGGUCUUUACUCACGCCCUUUCCGCCUACCUUCAGGACCCCGAAACCUUCAGGAAGGUACUGACCGAAAUCAGACCCACCGAACCUCCCACCACAACGGGGUCCGAGUUCACCGAGAGUACGACUGUCUAUCCAACCACCCAGGACGACUAUCCAUCAGCGACUAAGGAAAAGGACGAGGUACUGGACUUUUCCGACGUGACGAAGACGUCGAGAAGGAAGAAGCCAACCACUCCGUAUCCCGCGACUACUCAGACCCUCUUCACACCCGCUGAGAUGACGUAUCAGACUUUGUACACUACUCCGGGUGUGAUUGACGAGUCUUUGAACGAGGCUCAGUCCAGUGACUUCCGAUCGUCGAAUGACGAGGCCAAAAACGAUAUCGCCCAGGAGGUAAACCACGUGUUUAGAUCAUCCCGCAACGACGGUAUUUUCAACUACAAUUCCGAGGCCAGUGGACCCAGCGCUCCUGCGACUUCCGACUAUGACAGCUACGUUCCAAUCGGUGCGGUGGAAUCGAGGAACCGAUUCGGUGGUUUCCAGAACAAUAGUGCCCUCACCCAUUCGCCGUAUGGAGAAGGAGUGAAACCCGAGGGUGUGACGCCUAUCGGAGAUGGAUACGUCCCAGAGGCGACACCAGCGUCUUAUGAUCAAGCCCAAACGAACAUCUUUGCGGACUACGGAAGCGUCGACAACUUCGUCAUCACCCCGGAACCUGUCGAAGAGUUUCGAACCGAGGAGUCGACCACCGCGAAUCCCACUUCGUCCGCCUAUCAGGAUGACAACGAGCUUUUCACUACUUCCCGAAGACCCUUCAGGAUAAAUUAUUACGAUUUCACAACACGGAGUCCGAGGCACAACGACGAGUCACUGGCUACCGCUGGCAGUACCUACUCCGACUACAGCAACAGCUUCAACGAUCUUUGGAGCGGUGGAAAAUCCCCGGAGUCUGAACUUGUCACAACCACAACGGACUAUCCGAGUGUCGGAACGACUCUUCAGUCAGAAAACGGUCCGCAAAAGUACACUCAACAGCCUUCGACGACCCAUUGGACCGCCUCGCCGACCGUUGCGAGACUCUGGGAAACGACUGUGUUCUUUGACCCGAAACGGAUCAACCAGGGGUUGACGAGCUCAGGGGAAGAUGCGGUCUUUGGCACGACGACGCCGACUCCAAGUCAGGAAUCUCUGGCCACUGACUCUUCGCAGUGGCGAUGGUCUUCCGGUGAAAACGAUUCACCAACGGCGUUCACCCUGCUACCAACGACCUACUCGGAGAACACAGCGACGCCGUCACCGAGCUACACGACGCAUUCGAGCAUCGUGACGACCAUCACGUCGUCAGUAAGCUCGGCAACGAGUCCAAGCCUCAGCUUUGGCGCCCUUAACGUUACCGAAAACGAGAUCAUCAGAGCUCAGGAGAUGUUCGGGGCUCUGAAUUCGACCAGCUCGAAUCGGCUGAUGAGGGUGAUGAAACAGGCUGACAGUAACUCCACCGUUCGACAGCUCGUUUUGCUUCUAAUCAGCCACUGCAAGGGACCCAUGAACAAAACCAUGGAACAAGAGAGGCAGCAGCUACUCGAUGCGCUCCUCAGGACUCCCGUCAACGAGUUCAACUCCCAGGAGUCCCGCGACAUUGUAAACGGCAUUAGCAGCCUUCGCCUAUCCACCGGAAGUGGCGAUCUCCAAUCGGCCGACACCACGACGCCAGUUUCCGUUACCACUUUCCGCUCCAGGAUGAGCCGGAAGUUCAGGCCCACCACCGAACCACCGAUGCCAAUCGUUAGAUCGGACGAUGCCGAUCCUUCCGAGGCGGAAAAUUCAUUGUCUAUAGAAGCAGAAUCGCCCGCCGAUAAUCGAGCCCUCGAACUUUUACGCUCGCUUUAUACCAUAGCUGCUAAGUGGGGCUGAUCCGUUACCUGAUCGGAUACGUUAUAUAAAUAUAUAUUGAGGUAUUAAAUCAGAAUCGGUUGUAACGUAAUCGAUUUAA